AGUAGGCUGGAAGUGAUCAACUCUCUCACAAGAGGAGUCCAAGUUUUCUUGUUCACUCAUUCAUAUUCUGGCAUCAUUCUUCUUCUACCAUUUUUCUAGCUGCAAGUUAGAGAGGGAUGGGUACCACGAAGACUAAGCCAUGGCUCUUACUUGUUCUGCUUCUAAUCCUGUCUUGUUACAGAGCAUGCUUCUCCAUAGCUGGUAUUACCCUUUCAGCAGGUCAGUCUCUUUCCUUUUCAAAGAAAGAGAUCAUAUUAUCUCAAGGUGGCACUUUUGAGCUCGGUUUCUUCACUCCAGGCUCUUCAGGAAAAAUCUACCUGGGCAUAUGGCAUAAAUGGUUUGGUCCGAAGGAAACUGUUUGGAUAGCAAAUAGAGAAAACCCUUUGUCUGACCCAUCUUCGUCAAGACUUGACCUCUCAGAAGAUGGCAAUCUACUCCUGUUUGAGGGUUCCUCCAAGAUCCCAUUUUGGUCGACAAAUUUGACAUUUCCCGGGUCAAAUAUAACUGAAGCAGUACUUCGUGAUGAUGGGAAUUUUGUUUUGAGAAACAGGUCGAACAGGUCUUCUGUAUUCUGGGAGAGUUUCGACCAUCCAACCGAUACAUGGCUGCCAGGUGCAAAGCUUGGGGUCGAUAAGCUCAUUUCAUGGAAAAAUUCAGAAGAUCCAGCACCUGGUGUGUUCUCGAUGGGGUUAGACCCAAAUGGAAGCAAUCAGUAUUUCUUAGAGUGGAACAGAUCUCAAAUCUAUUAUAGUACUGGAGUUUGGAACGGAAAAUAUUUCAGCUUAGUUCCUGAAAUGAACAGAUCGAAUUCUAUCUUCAACUUCACUUUUGUGCCAAGUAAAAAUGGAAGUGAUGGAUAUUUAACUUACUCUCAUCGAAACCCUUCCUACCUUUUUACCCUUUCUAAAUAUCGGGUUGACUACAGAGGACAGUGGAGUGGACAAGUGUGGAUGUCUGGCACUUCGGAAUGGAGUUCAUUUUCGAUUACACCGAAGAAUCUAUCUAAUGUCUUUGCUUUGUGUGGUGCGUUUGGCGUGUUACAGUACCCUGAGGAUAACUCAACCCCUUGUCAGUGUCUAAAAGGUUUCGAACCAUUUUCGAUGAACUACACCAGACUAAACGAAUGGCGAGGUGGCUGCGUGAGGAAAUCCCCUUUGCAAUGUGAGAAUAAUACGUAUGCUAAUGGAAAAAAAGAUUGGUUCCUGCAAAUAUCAAACAUGCAAUUGCCUGCUUAUUCGAAAGCAUAUUUGGCCGUGGAUGCUAGUAGAUGUAAAUUGGCUUGCAUGGAGAAUUGUUCUUGCACUGCUUAUGCUUAUAAUAGGAGUGGGUGUAUGAUAUGGGAAGGAGCUCUUUUCAGCUUACAGCAACGCGGGACUGGGCAAGAUGUCUAUCUCAGACUUGCUGCUCAUGAGUAUCUAGAUCCAAGAACCAAAGGCAAAAAAUGGAGAGUAUGGGUAGCUGUGCUGGUCCCUGCAACAGGGCUUAUCUUAUGCCUCGUCAUUUGUUUUUCAACCAAAAGAAAGCUCAAAUACAUAGGAGAGAAGGCCUCAAGCAAUAAUAUACUCUCAUUCGAUUUUGAUAUUGAACUCCAUGCAAAGGAUGUUGAGUUACCACUAUUCAGUUAUGACAGUAUAUCAGCUGCAACCAAUAAAUUUUCAACUUUGAAUAAGCUUGGAGAAGGAGGCUUUGGACCUGUUUACAAGGGAAAAUUACUCAGAGGGCGAGAAAUUGCAGUGAAGAUGCUUUCGAAAAAAUCUGGACAAGGAAUUGAGGAGUUCAAAAAUGAGACAAUACUAAUUGCAAAACUCCAGCAUAGAAAUCUUGUCAGAAUCUUAGGUUGUUGUAUUGAGCGAAAUGAAAAGAUGUUGAUAUAUGAGUACAUGCUCAAUCAAAGUUUGGAUUUGUACCUUUUUGAUCAAACAAAGAAAAACAUGUUAGAUUGGGGGACACGCAUACACAUUAUUGAAGGAAUUGCACAAGGGAUUCUUUAUCUUCAUCAAUAUUCAAGGUUACGGAUCAUACAUAGAGAUCUAAAACCCAGCAACAUUCUUUUGGAUAGUGAAAUGAAUCCGAAAAUAUCAGAUUUUGGGAUGGCUCGAAUAGUUGGAGACAAUGAAACAGCAACAAACACACGUCGAAUUGUCGGAACUUAUGGCUAUAUGUCUCCUGAAUAUGCUAUGGAUGGUUUGUACUCGAUAAAGUCAGAUGUGUUUAGCUUUGGAGUAUUGGUACUAGAGAUUGUGAGUGGCAAGAAGAACACUGGUUUCUAUAACAGCGAGUCACUCAAUCUUCUUAGAUACGCUUGGGAGCUGUGGAUAGAUGAUCGAAGUUUGGAGUUGAUGGAGCCAACAAUAGGAUAUCCUUCGUCCACUUCUGUUCUAUUGAGAUUCAUUAACAUUGGCCUUCUUUGUGUCCAAGAAAGGCCAACUGAUCGACCUGCCAUGCCUGAUGUAGUCUCAAUGAUUAGCAAUGAACAUGCUCCUCUACCUGCACCCAAGCAACCUGCUUUUACCAGAGGCCGGAAUGUGAUUGACACAAAUUCAACAAAUGACAGUACUGCAGAAAAUGGCUCAAAUAAUAGCGUAACUAUUUCAACAAUGGAAGCGCGAUGACUGAUUCCUAUAUCAAAGAAACAAAAUGUUGUAAAACUAAUCUUUUUGGCUGAUUUGUAUGCACGUUGAUAUGCUACAUACUUGUCUCUAAAUGUUGUCUUUGUUCCCUCAUAUUUUAGUUUCGUUACCAAUAAUACUAUCCAGAUAGAAUUUAUAA